AUGGUAGCAAGUGCGAUAGCCGUUCAGCAGUAUCACCAACUUGUUCGUCCAGUUCACAUGUCUCUGAAGAGUACGACGAACUGGCUGCAAAACUUGCCAGACGGAAUAUGA